AAUGAAGAAAACCAAAGUCCAAUCCUCGUCAACACUCACAAGAAGAACAAAUUCACAUUCAUCCCAAGUCCUAGCUAAGAGAGUCAAAAAAAAAAAAAAUGGCAACUUCCGCUUUCGGACAGUGCAAUCUUCUACCUCGUACAACAACUACUAUGAAUCCCACACAACUGCAGUCUCCUCGUCAACUUUUCUCUUUGUCUUUCAACAGACAAAGCUUAAUAACCUCUUCAUCACGUGCACUAUCAAUGUUCACCCAAUCUGAAGGUUUCAGUUCUGUAAUUAAUCAGAAACAUUGUCGGGAGGAAUAUCAAAACCGGUUUCAAACAUGUGCUGUUCGUGAGUUGACCGGUUCUGUUACCUCUACCCAAGGCCAUCGCUUUGCUAUUGUUGUUGCACGUUUCAAUGAUUUGAUCACAAAGAAACUUUUGGAGGGAGCUUUACGCACUUUCAAGAGUUAUAACUCAGAAGAUGUUGAUGUUGUGUGGGUUCCUGGCUGUUUUGAAAUAGGAUUGGCCGCACAGCAACUUGGAAAGUCACGAAAAUAUCAAGGGAUACUGUGUAUUGGAGCUGUAAUAAGAGGUGAUACGUCUCACUAUGAUGCUGUCGUUAAUGCUACAACAUCAGGAGUAGUUUCAGCAGGUCUAAAUUCUGGAACGCCUUGCAUAUUUGGUGUUUUGACAUGUGAUACAUUGGAGCAAGCUUUCGAUCGCGCUGGUGGUAAGUGGGGAAAUAAAGGUGCCGAAGCAGCGUUGACAGCUAUUGAGAUGGCGUCUUUGUUCCUCGAACCUUUAGAAUAGCAAGGGAAAAUUUUAUUUUGUGUCUCAUACAACUUGCACUAGUUGUAUGAGGUAACUUUUUUGUCUCAUAGUUUUGUGGAUCCAUAUUUCUGUGGAUCCAGAAGUGUAAGAUUGAGGUCCAAAAAUUUUUGAGACAAAAAGGAGUCUCAUACAACUAGUGUAAGUUGUAUGAGACACAAAAUAAAACUUCUCGAAUAGGAAUGUCCCUCUCCUCUAUUUAAUUACCAGCAUCUGUUUCAAAUAAAGAAAGAGAAUGUCCCUCUCCUCUAUUUCUCAA